AGAGCUCACAUCGUGUUCCUGCUGCACAAGAGCGUCUGUACUUCUGCAGGUGCAGUAUGGCAGAGGAGCGAGUAAAGGACUCUCUCACAGAGAAACACAGUGUGAGAUCAGGAUCAUGUGUGUCUCUGAAGAGUGACCAGUCAAAAGGUGAUCCACCAAACUUCAGAGAGAAAACCCCAUCAUCUGCUCAAAGUGUGAGAUCAGGAUCAUGUGUGUCCAGCUCUGUGUCUCUCAAGAGUGACCAGUCUAAAGGUGAUCCACCAAACUUCAGAGAGAAAACACCAUCGUUUGCUCAAAGUGAAGAAUAUGAAUUAGCAGAUUCAGGAGACGAGACUCACAGGAGACACAAGAGCUUCACAGACAAUCUCCAGUCAAUCUUCCAGAAUCUUGAGAGUAAAAUGAUCAGAUUCUUGAAGAAUGAACUGGAGAAAUUUAAGAAAAUCUUACAGGUAGAAAACAGACAAGAGUUUGUAAAGGACUAUAAUGAGAACAGAAGCAGAAUCACAGAAGCAGCUCUUGAUCUCACACUCUUCUUCCUGAGAGAGAUGAAGCAAGAUCAAGCUGCUGAUACUCUUGUGGAUGAGCUGUUCUUCAUCAAUCAGCUUAAAUGUAGCCAGAAGAAGAAAUAUCAAAGUGUGUUUGAAGGAAUUGCUCAGCAAAGAGACUCCGCACUUCUGAAUAACAUCUACACAGAUCUCUAUAUCACUCAGGGUGCGAGUGAACAGGUCAACACUGAACAUGAGAUCAGACAGAUUGAAGCUGCUUCCAGACGUCAUCAGUCACUAGAGAUACAGGUUGAAUGCAAACAUUUGUUUGAAGCACCUGAACAAGACGAGCAGAUCAGAACUGUGCUGACAAAAGGAGUUGCUGGCAUAGGGAAAUCAAUUUCUGUGCAAAAGUUUGUUCUGGAUUGGGCUGAAGGAAAAGAAAAUCAAGACAUCAGCUUCAUAUUUCCUCUUCCAUUCAGAGAGAUGAACUUAAAGGAGAAAGAAAAACAAAGUUUAAAAGACCUCAUAACUCAGUUUUUCCCAGAGACUAAAGGACUGAACCUUACAAGAAGCACACGAUUCAAAGUCCUGUUCAUCCUUGAUGGAUUGGAUGAAUGUCGUCUUCCUCUGAACUUUGCUGGUAAUGAGACAUGUCGUGAUGUAUCUUCAGCAGUCUCUCUGGAUGUUCUCCUGACGAACCUCAUCAAGGGAAAUCUGGUUCCUUCUGCUCUCAUCUGGAUCACCAGCAGACCAGCAGCUGCCAGUAAGAUUCCUGCUGACUGUAUCGACCGGCUGACAGAGAUACAAGGAUUCAAUGAUGCCCAAAAGGAGGAGUACUUCAGAAAGAGACUCACAGAUCAGAAUCAGGCCAGAGAAAUCAUUGAUCACAUUAAACAGUCAAAGAGUCUCUUUAUUAUGUGCCACAUCCCAGUCUUCUGCUGGAUUUCAGCCACUGUUCUCCAAAACAUUUUGAAGGAGAACAGAAAUACUGAACUGAAACACAGGGCUAAUGCUGAAACACUGCAGGAAUCUCCCAAGACUCUGACACAGAUGUACACACACUUUCUCCGCUUUCAGAUCCAGCAGAGCAGAAGAAAGUAUGAUGGAGAAAACACACCAGAUGUCUCCUGGGAUCCAAACCUCAUCCUUUCACUGGGGAAACUGGCCUUCCAGCAGCUGGAAAGAAACAACGUGAUCUUCUAUGAGAGCGAUCUGAAAGACUGUGGCAUUGACGUCUAUAAGGCAUCGGUGUACUCGGGCAUGUGUACCCAGAUCUUUAAGAAGGAGACAGGAAUCAUUCGUGGUACCAUGUACUGCUUUCUUCACUUAAGCAUUCAAGAGUUCAUUGCAGCCCUUUAUCAACAUCUGUUUCUAGACAGCGACAAGAAUCGAGCAGAAAAAAGCAAAAAUAAGGCUAUGAGGAAUUUGCUGAAGACUGCUGUGGACAAGGCUCUAAAAUGUGACCAUGGACAUCUGGACCUUUACCUUCGCUUCCUUCUCGGUCUGUCACUCCAGUCCAAUCGACAACUCUUACGAGGCCUGUUGACACAGCAGGAUGACAGAGACCAGAGCAAAGAGAAAAUAAUAGCAUACAUCAAGCAGAAACUUGAAGGGAAUCUGUCUCCAGAGAGAUCCAUCAAUCUGUUCUACUGUCUGAAUGAACUGAACGAUCAAACUCUGCUGAAAGAGAUUCAGUUUCACCUCAGUAGAGGAAGUCUGUCAUCUGCUGACCUUUCACCUGCCCAGUGGUCUGCUCUGGUCUUUGUGUUGUUGACCUCAGAGGAGGAGCUGGAGGAGUUUGAGCUUCAGAAAUUCCAGACAUCAGACGAGUGUUUAAUCAGACUAUCAGCAGUCAUCAAAUCCUCCAAAAGAGCUCUGUAAGUCAAAGUGCUUUAAUCUAAGAAAUAGACAUUUGCUGAAAUUAAAUAAUACAUCAUGUUAAUGAACAUGCACCAU